AUGCCAAAACCCACUGUAAGCGGAGUGUCGCGGGUCGAUCCCCGCGUUGGGCAGGCAUUCUUGAGAUCCACGAUUGAUCUGAGUUUAGGUUUCUUUGUUCACGAGAAGCCUCCAGAAAAUGAAGAAUAUCUACAUCCGAGUUUGGCGUCGACUGUUAUCGAAUCUGCUCCAGCGAUCCCGUCCAUCCACUACAAGCCGUCUGCGGACUGCGACUACACGAUGCUGAUCAGCAAGAUGCGCGGCGAGGGCGAGGGCGCGGGCGCGGGCGCGGCCGACGUGGCGCCGCCCGGGACCUCGCCGCCGCGCGCGCCCGCCCGCCUGCAUCUACCGCGCGCCCCGUCAUGUACCCCGAAGGGGCCCGACACCAACCAUGUGCCUCCAACAAUCCCGCCCGUGCUGUCGUAUCAGCCGCCACCGUACUACCAGUACCCACCGGAUCAGAAGAAGCCAACCACUCAGGAUCCACCCCUGCUCAAGUCAACAGGACUCAGUCUCAUGAAGAACUACAAUACUGACUCAGAUUCUGAUGUAUCCGACUUCGACGACAGCUCCUCAACGGACAGCAAAGACAAACCAACCAUCAUCACACCACCGGAAGACGUACAGAUAGUGAUCGACAAGAUGGCGUCUUAUGUCGCACGUAAUGGCGACGAGUUCGCAGACAUCGUGCGCGCUAAGAACGACCCGCGGUUCACAUUCCUAGAGCCAGAUAACCAGUACCACGCGUACUAUAGGCGGCUGAUGCAGCAGAAGCGAGGGAUCGAUGUCAAUGGGAAGGAUAAGAAGAAGAAGGCUUCUGCGCCCGUGUCAUUCUCCAUAAAGAAGCUAAAGGAACCAGAUCCAAUACUUCCAAAGCCCGCGCUGCCGUACGAGUCAAGCUCGGACGAGGAUUCCGAAAAGCAGGACAAAGACAAACAGACAGACAAACCAGAAGAGGUCAGAGAACCGCCGAAGGUCGCCCCUCAAACAUUCCCUAGCAACGACAUUCCUCCCACAGUCGUAUACAAGAUAGAUGGACAGAUAAACGAAGAACCGCCAGUCAAGGCUGCUGAACCUGUAACGGUAGUGGCCAACCCCACACCACCACCCACCAACACCAUUCUACCUGAAGAGAGUGUUUCCAUACCCAAACAAGAACCAAUAGUCACGGUCCCACCAGAAACCACCCAAAACCAUUGA